CUCAGCUGUGAAAAGACAAUACAAUUGACACGAAAACUGUUGACAAAAGCCGUCGACACAACUGAUCCCAAACAGAUGACCGCCAAUUGAUUCCGACCCCCGAAGUGGUUGCCAUCGCUCCGGAGGAAUGCUGUCCAACAGUCUGAAGCGUCUGAAUCGGACGAAUCGGUUGAUAACAGUGGACGACAUAUCGGAUAACCUGUUGGCCGGGCGGUCGGCCGCACACACCACGUGCUGGAAGUACUUACAGCAGGCCUCGUAUGACGCGGCUCUGGAUCAGGCCAUCAGUAUCUGUCAGCGAGAGCCCGAAAGACCCGAUGGCUUCGUGUUUAGGGCGAGAGCGCUGUUUAAGCUGAAGAGGUAUACGGAGGCCGAGGAAGUGCUGCUCCACGUCAUGAAGAUCGCCGAGAAGAACGAUCUGAUCCGCACGGAUGUCGAAGGAAUGAUUAAACUGAAGGACGAAUUGGCGAACUCGAGAGUUGAGAUACUGCGCGAGAAUCGGUUCCAGAAACCGCUGGAAAUCGCGGACAGGCAUUGGAAUGACUACCACAAGCCUAUACUCGAAGUCAUAGGCUUCGCGCGCCAGAGCCGGGCCGUUGAGCGACCCAUGGAUGCGGACAUCGAGAUAAUCGACAUCAUUGGUGCCGAACGCGCCAAACAGCUAUACCCGGAUCUGUUGGCCAAUGCGCCGAAACAUAAGAGUACACCCAUUGGGGGCCCGUCUACUAGUUAUUGGCGUCCGGGAGCCAGUCGUUCAAAUGUGGACAUAAGACACGAGUUGAGGGAACGGGAGGGGAAUGUGUCGCACAGCGGAGACCAGAGGAAAGUGGACGAACAGCUGAGAAUCACUGGCCUUAAGACGAGUCUAAUGUUGGCCGAGGAAAAGGCGCAGACGUUUGAUCGCAAGAACCGGGAGUUGGAGUCGGAGCUGAAGAAGGUUUACCAGCAUUUGCUGAAAGUGACGGCCGAGAAGAAGCAGUUGCACCGAAAGUGCGAUACUCUGGAGGAACAGUUGGACAAAGUGUUGGCGCAGUCGUCAGUGGCGUCCACUUCGGUGGCGCCGAAGCGUAAGAUAGAACCGAAGCGCCAGUUCGUCGACUUUCCGGACGAGAGAUACCUUGCGGUUAAGUCGCGAAAACUGAAGGACUAUGUGGUGACCAAAACGCGGCAAAAGUAUCGCCGAAUCGCCAGAAUUGGUAGAAAACGUGUGGCCUAUGGCGGCGCCCAGUCGUCAAUGGCGUCCACUUCGGCGCCAAAGCGUGCGUUGAAUGUCGAGAGAUAUCCGGCGGACAGACCACCGAAUCUGAGGGGCUAUGGGUUUACUAAUUACAACCGAAACGGAGCUAAUUAUGAGCGAAGACCGGAGCCACAGGAGCCUUACGAAGACGAUGGUCUCUACGAGAUAGGGAACUAUAGGGCACUCUAUUAUUGA